CGACCACUCGGUCACUCGACUCACUCCAUUUCGUCGAACACCUCGCCUACCCCCAUGGCCGACCGCGUCCACCCCAUGCCCGCGCUGCCGUCCUCCUCCCCUCCGCCGGAAGCCACGGAGACCACGCCGCUGCACCCCAGCUUCCGCCGCGCGCCGCCGCCUUCACCGGGCACGUACGUCAUCCAAAUCCCCAAGGACCAGGUCCUCCGCGUCCCGCCGCCCGACCGCGCGCGCCGCUUCAAGAAGCUGUCCGCGCGCCCGCUGCGCCGCCGUCGGCUCCGCCGCGCGUGCUGCGCCGCCUGCUGCGCGGUGCUCCUCCUGGCCGCCCUCGCCGCCGCCUUCGUCGGCGCCGUCUACCUCAUCUUCCGCCCCCGCGCGCCCUCCUUCUCCGUCGCCUCCCUCUCCAUCCGCGGCCUCGACGCGCUCACCUCGUCGGCGUCGUUAACGCCGCAAAUCGACGCCGCCGUGCGCGCUGACAACGGCGCCAACAAGAAGAUCGGCAUCGACUACCGCGGCGGCGGGGAGGUCACCGUCUCCUACUCCGGCGAGCAGCUCGCCGGCGGCCCGUGGCCCGCGUUCCACCAGGCGCCGAGGAACGUGACGGUGUUCACCACGGCGUUGACCGGAAAGGACGUGAGCUUCACGGACGAACAGAGGAGGCGGCUCGCCGCGGAGCACGCUGCCGGCGCGGUGCCGCUGACGGUGGAGGCGACGGUGCCGGUGAGGGUGAGGUUCGGGAAGGUGCUGCGGACGUGGACGGUGGACGUGAAGGUGAGGUGCGAGGUGACGGUGGACAAGCUGGCCGACAGGGUGGCGGCGGUGGUGAACAGAGGGUGCAGAGUCAAGGUCCGACCGCUCUGGUGGUGGUGGUGAUCGCCGGCGCCGGCGUCGCCGCCCGCCGCUAGCGGUCGGCCGAUGGACAGUGCAUUAACGGCUACUUCCUACUAUAGCUAGUAACAGCUGUGCAUUGAACAGAGAGAUAUUACAGUAGUUAUUACCUGUGCAUUGAAUUAAUUUCAUAAUUUGUAUCCAAUUUUGAGGUGCAUAUCUCGAGCUGUUGCCUGUUGGUGAGCAGAUUAGUGGAUUACCACCAGUGUGACAUUUUGCAAACUUUCAGUUGCAGAUGUAACUGGUGAAACGCAGAUGAUCUCUCUCUGUCUUCUGUUGGUACAGAUGAAGAAUGAAUUAAUCAGAUAUUGCUGCGGUAGUUUGUCUCCCAGCAGUAACUAAAUGAAUUUGUCCGGGUUGUCACUAAAAUUCAGUACAUUACAUUGCUCAGUUACAGAUGUAGUGUAUGUGAUGAAAUUUGUGUUACAAAUAAGUUUCUGUCACUGUACAA